UCUUCCUAUCUCUCAUCAUGGCGCAGGACCAAGGGGAGAAGGAGAACCCCAUGCAGGAACUGCGCAUCCGCAAGCUCUGCCUCAACAUGUGUGUGGGGGAGAGCGGGGACAGGCUGACGUGGGCGGCCAAGGUGCUGGAGCAGCUCACGGGCCAGACCCCUGUCUUCUCCAAAGCCAGGAACAGUGUCAGAUCCUUUGGCAUCAGGAGAAAUGAAAAGAUUGCUGUCCACUGCACAGUCCGCGGGGCCAAGGCAGAAGAAAUCUUGGAGAAAGGUCUAAAGGUGCGAGAGUACGAAUUACGAAAAAACAACUUCUCGCCGAAGCCAGUUUGGCUCAGUGGUAGACACUAG